AUGCUUUAUCCCUUUGUAUUCGGUAUUUUGGCUCUUUCUGCAGUGUUCUAUCUCAGCACUUUAAAUGAAUUUUAUACGGAGUCCCAGUUGGUUAUUACAAAAGAAUCAUCUUUCAGAAGGUAUAUUUCGAGUGAGCUGGAAGCCAGGGCAAGGCUAGGGAAUCACCUAUUCGAGUUGUCUUCCUUGAUAGGAAUUGCUAGGUCUCUCAACAGGACGCCCGUAUUCUUCUUGGCAGAUGCUGGGUAUAAGUGGUGUUUGAAGGAUACUAAAAAGACGGCUCCAGGACUUGCAGACCAGUUUUUAGUUAUUAAUAGAGCGGUCCCCAAAACUAUCCGCAAUACAGUAUUCCACACUCGUUGUUGUAUCUAUGAAGACCCCCGUGUCUUAUCGAAUAUCGAGGAUGAGCAUAUCCACCUGACUGGAAAAUUCUAUCAGAGCUACAAGUAUUUCGAGGGGAUGCGGGAUGAGCAGUUGAGUUGGCUGAAAGAAUCACCUGCAGAGUUUCCAGGUCUCCCGAAAUCAGAUGCAGAGACACAUGUGAUGUGUGUUCACGUGCGGCGAGGAGAUUUCCUUAUCGCUGGUUUUCAGGCAUCAGAUGCACAUUUCAUAAGGAAUGCAGUGGAAUAUAUUAUGGAGAAAGAAAACACUGAAAAAACACAAAGAACAGUGGUUUACUUCGGAGAUGAUCACGAAUUCAUGAAAAGUAUUUUCGAUGAUACUAACCUUGGCAAGGACAACAUAUCAAAAAAUAUCACUCAUGUCAUCUCCCAAAACUCGCCAUCCGACGAUAUGUUGUACUCGAAAUCAAAUUGUGAAGUUUUCCUGCUUAGUGCUUCCCAAUCGACUUUCGGAUGGUGGUUGGGGUAUUUUUCCAUCAAUAAUAAAGUAUAUUAUAUGGAUAUGAGAGUGAAUUAUGUUGGAGCUUAUGUGGUGAUUGAACUGGGACUCCGACAAGUUGAGCUAUCAGUUCAAGAAAUACAUAAACCUGUUCAAAAAGGAAUCACAAUGUGUGUUCAACCAGUGUAUUACUACUCUCAAUGGCAGAAUAUUGUACUGUAUAUUGAAGCAUGGAGAGCCCAAGGAGCAACUCGUUUCAUCGUUUUCUAUCAUUCUUCUACAAAAGACACACGAAAAGUUCUUGAUUACUAUCAGGAUUUGGGUGUUAUUGAAUUGAGACCUUGGCCAAGUUUUGGAAGUCUUCCAAACGAUAUAGCAGACAAAUAUCCGAGCAUUGAUAAUAGCGCAUAUAUAUUUGCUCAGUUCCUUGCUUUAAAUUUAUGCAUUCUUGAAAUCCAAACCACUAUAGGAGCAGCCAUCGACUUUGAUGAAAUUGCGGUACCUCUAAACGGGACGACAUUAGAUUACGCAACAAAAGAAAUGACAGGAACUAAUGUUGGGGCUCUUGAAUUUGAGAACAAUUAUGUGUCAAUGAAUCCACCGAUUUAUACUUCGGAUUUCUCUGGAGUUUCUUCGCCCACAUUUUAUUCUAAAGUCGGUCCACAGAAGGUGAAAUCUAUCUUUGGGAAGACUCCUCCACCCGCUUCUUUGAAGUUUUUGGAUACUUUCAAUAUGUGUGAGAAAAGAUCAUUGAAUGAGGGCACGUGUCACAGUGCAACUUGUAAGUCAGAUAUGGAUGCAGUUCAUGAAUGGGUCUACGAUAGAACGGAAGGAGUUUUCUUGGCAGGAGAGUACUGA